AUGCUGGCCAUGUUCCUAUCCGCAUGUCUUGGAAGCAGUACAAACAACAACAACAACAACAUACCAAUAUCAUCAGCAACAUCACCUACAACAACUGGAAGUGAACGUCUAUUGGCCAAGGAGUUAUCUGCAACAUCCGUGGUCUCUUCAAUAAUUCUACUUGCCAUACUCAAGUACUACAUAGACAUUCUCCGACACUUCAAAUCACCAUCUUCAUUGGCCUCCCCAUCUUCAUCAUCCUCAUCCUCAACUUCAACAUCAACAAACAUGUCCACAACCAAAUCAUCAAACAUGGACCAAUCGAAUGAACCAUGUGGCGCACACUCUGGUGGAAACACCAACACUGCCAGUCCUGUACCCGAGGUCCAUGAUAAUGGACAACAGAUUGAUACCAUCAUUCCAACAAAUUACAAACAAUCACACAUUGUACAACAACGCUUUGGCAACUCAAUGAUCACUGGUAAUGGUAUCAAUGGUACUGUUGGAACUGUUGGUGAUGAUAUUACCUUCAAUGUUGUCUCUUAUGAUCAUGUUGGUAAUAGACGAACAGUUGGUGGUGAUAAUGUCCAAGUUCGUAUCCAGGCCAGAGACAUCAACUCCUUGGAUGAUCAUGGUGGUGCACUGCCCAUCGCCAGAGUAGAAGAUUGCUCCAAUGGUAUCUACCAUGUCACUUACAAUGUGUCAAGGUCCGGCAACUAUUCAAUCAACGUCGAAGUCAAUCAUGUCCCAAUACGUGGAUCUCCAUUCAGUGUCUACCUUGUACCGGUUCAAUAUCAAGUACAACAGGAGCACACAAUCACAACGACAAUAAUGGCUGGUCAGGAGUUCUCAUUCAACGCCACCCCAUUGAGACAACCAUUGCAUCCAAUCAUAAAUGAUACUUUGGAGAUUGAUACAUACAUCACAGAGAAUGGUACCACCAAGAAGAUCAACAACAAUGACUUUACCGCGGUACCCUUGGCCUCCACUGGAUACACAUGUCGUGGAAAGUUGAUUAGAUGUGGCGACUAUACAAUUGAGGGCACGAUCAAUGGUAUUGUCGUCCUGUCCAAGCGCAUCACUGUCCAACCUGCACUCAUGUCUGCCAAGUACUCAUUGCUGCAAUGGGAUGGAAAGGAACUAAUCACAGAGAACAAGUUAUUCUUCUUGGACGACAGUUGUUCACCCGCCUCCGAGAUGAAGCUGCUCGUGUUGGUCAAGGAUCAAUUUGGCAACAAGUCAAGAGGUUGUAUCAAUGAUCUCUCUGUUGAGGCACAUCGAUCACUAUCACCCUACACCAACAACCACUACAAUGGUGGAGAUGAAUCAUUAGAUAACACACAAGAACAAUUGAAACCAUUGUUGGAGGUACAUUCUAGAGGCAUUGCAGUGAGACUUCCAGCUCACUCCAAUGGUCGAUACAACAUCUCGAUCAAACAUCAAGGUGAACAUAUUGUCAACAGUCCAUUCUCAUUGAUUGCUGUCAAACAAAGCGAGUACAAUCAAGUCUCUGCCAAGCAUCAACAAGGACAGGCAUCAUUCCAAUGCAAGGUAGAGAAGAACAACAAACUCACAAAUGUAUAUUUAAAUAUUACCACAACUGUCAUUCUAACAAGUGAAUCAGAGAUACUGAUCAAGGAUACAAAGAACAAAGUUCACCUGAAGGACUGCAAUGCCUUCCUCAUACUAUUAACAACAACUCAUUUCUUUGGUGAACAAUCUGAACCAACAUUUGAUUCCAAAGUUAAAUGGCUCAAGACUAGAUUGAACAAAUUACAUCCGACAAGCAAGGCGACACCACUUAAACUCCACAUAUCGUCAAGAGAUAACAUACUUGAAGAGUCAAUUGAAUUCUUUCAAUCAGUCGAUCCAAAGUCAUUGGUGCUGUCACGAUUGGUUAUCAAGUUCUUGAACGAGGACGGCGUGGACAUUGGUGGCAUAUCAAAAGAAUGGUUUGCCAAGAUCUCUGAGGAGAUUGGCAGCAAGACUCUGUCGGGCUAUCCAUUGUUUGAAGGUUACGACUCUAAUCGCCAGUUCCAUCCAUCACCAUUCUCCAACAUGAUUCCAAACUAUCGAGCUGCCUUUAGGACCAUUGGUAGUCUUGUGGCCAAAUCAAUAUAUGAGAGCAUCAUCAAGGCGGACAGACAUCUCUCCAUCCGGUUCACACCAUGUUUCUACAAGCUACUCCUCAAUGAACCACUGUCACCUUCAGACAUGGAGCUGGUCGACCCCGAGCUCUACAGGAAUCACAUUCAAUAUAUCCAACGUACACCAAUCGAACAAGUCAACCAAGCCAUUGGAGAACCACUCUACUUUACAAGGACCAUCACACAUCUCGAUCAAACCACUCGUGUGGUCAGCGAGCGAUCCAUCAAUCUCAAGCCAUUUGGUAAUCUAAUACCAGUCACUGAUGAUACCAAGCAAGAGUAUCUAGAUCUAUUAGUUACAAACAUAUUCUCAACAUCAAUCAGAGCACAGAUUGAUGAGUUUAGAGAUGGAUUCUCUCAAGUCAUACCAUUGGACCUAAUAUCAAUCUUUAAUUGGAAAGAGUUAGACCUAUUAGUAUGUGGCAAGGAUCAUGUGGACAUUGACGAUUUAAGGUUACACUCAAAUGUAAUUGGUGUCAUUUGUCCAGAGAUAAUAGACAACUUUUGGAAUAUCCUUAGAUCGAUGGAUAUUGUAGAGAGGAAGAAACUCUUGAGCAUGGCUAUUCAAAUCGCCUACCUGUUUCACACACCUGUUUCAAUAGGAUAG